AGCGAGCGCCGACCUCUCCCCCGCUUCACGCCGCCAGGUCGCUUUCACGUCUGUGGCGAGGGCGUGAAACGUCACUGUUUUCUGCGUGCGUGCUUGUGACGUAAGCGGCGUGUGCUUGGAACGUGAAGUGUAGGGGGGGGCCGUUCGGACAGGAGGCGACUGCGGGAGUGCUGGCUGAGCUCCUGCAAGAAGCCAAGAGAUGAAGCCCCCUGGCAUGACCAUCAUUGAAGGUGUGGGGGAUGAAGUAACGGUGGUGACUGGCGUGGUGGUUCUUGUCCUGGCUCUGGUUCUGGCGUGGCUUUCCACUUACGUAGCAGAUGGCAACAACCAGCUUUUGGGAACUAUUGUCACCACAGGCGAAUCCUCGGUGAUCCAUCUCAGCCACGUCGAACGGUACGUGGGGAAUUCAGUAACAUCAGAGCCUAGUGAGCCCCAGGGGUCCGCUGAUAGUGCAGAAGAAAAAGCUGAAGAGGAAGGGGGUGCUGCAUCCAACUUGGGCCCUGCAGUUGAGCAGGGGGGCAACGGCAGCACCUCUGAGUCCAGCCUCGACCAUCUGCUGAACAUACAAGGCUUGCCCAAAAGGACCUCAUCCAGCGAGUCUGGUGCCCUAGAACAGCUGGGCCAAGAGAGCCAAGGAACCUCGCAAAUGUCACAUAUCAGGGAGGAGAGUGAACCAGGCUCUGGGCUCAUCAAAGUGCGUCUCAAGUUCCUCAACGACACGGAAGAGGUGGCCAUGGUGAGACCAGAGGACACCGUGGGUGUUCUCAAGAGCAAAUAUUUCCCAGGACAAGAAAAUCAGAUGAAGUUUAUCUAUCAGGGCCAGCUACUCCAGGACCAGGCACGGACCCUCCGCUCCCUCCAUAUCAUGGACAACUGUGUGAUCCAUUGCCACUUGUCGCAGACCGCCAGCUCCCCCCUUCCUGACUCGGGGGUCACCUCAGCAGAAGCAGCAGGGGUCACAGUGAACAUAGGGAAUCUAAUGCUCCCUGUUUUCAUGGUGAUGCUGGCUGUGAUCUGGUACUGCCGCAUCAACUACCGCCAAUUCUUCACUGCGCCGGCCACGGUCUCGUUGGUUGGGGUGACUGUCUUCUUCAGUUUCCUGGUUUUUGGGAUGUACGGCCGAUAAGAGGCAAAGUGGGAGGGGCAGAUACUCCUGUCUGUCCCUUUAAUUGGAACCCAGCAUUUGUUGUAUAGCUUGUUUUAAAUGUGCUGUGACAAACAGUGUCAGGGAAAGUGGCUGGGAGCCCAAGGAACCCCCUUGCCUGCUCAAAUACUAGAGAACCUUCUGUAUCCAGCAAUGUGGAAGAGAGACCCCUAGAUUCACUGUUUCCUCGCCUUGCUGCUGCUUAAUGAGACUUUGUUCCUCCAUCACAGGGGACAGAUUUGCCAGGUGCUGCUUGUGUGCGCUAACUGACCGGUUUCAUUUAUGGCAUGAGAUGAAGUGUCACUCUCAAGGCACUGCUGCAGCUCCUCUCAGGUAGAGAUGAGGAGAGAGACCUUCUGUCCCUUGCCUCAUGAACAUCUUUUAAACAGCCUUCGCCUGUGUACUCUGAGCUUGUCUCAGCUGUGUGAAGGAGUCCCAUAAAAAGAGCCACUUUCUAGCCUGGCAGAAAGUAACUCUGGCUUCAUGGUUUGUCCUCUCUGCUGUAGGUGAAUGGGCCCUGUUAGAACGCAGCUGCUGGAGGGUUGCAUGCUCAGGCUUGCUUUAGGAUAGGCCAGACUCCCAAGAACGGACUCCGGGGUGAUGAGACAGCAUGUCACCCUGCUGUGAUCCUGCAUGGUACUUCCAUCACUUUGCCACUCCUGCAAGAAGCUAGGGGCUGCCUUCCCGGAUUACACACUGAGCUGGCUCACUCAGCACGUGUGCACUCCACCAGGGCCUAUGCACCCCUUUCAGGGGCCUGGGGCUGCCUGGCACCUUCUCCCUGCUUGAGCAGGCUUGCUUUGUAUUUAAUGUGCUAAUUCUAAAGACCAAAUAUUCUCACUGGCACCUGGUGCAAAUGGGAGGGAAGGAUUUUUAAAGGAAUACUUUUUAAAUAGAAGGUUGCAACUUCAGCUGAGUGCUCUUCCCUGGGGAGGAGGUAGACUUGUGCCUAUCCGACACUUUGAGACAAAUGUUUAACUUUCUUUAGAGCACUUUCCUCCCCACCCUUGUUUUCUAUGGAUGCAUUUAUAAAGACAGGCCCUACAGUGGAUUUUGUUUAAAGUGAGAUAAUGAACAUGUUGAAAGUUGCUCCUGGUUGUUGAAGGUAGCGUUUUAUUUUGCAUGGGGGCAGAGGAGAAACUGCCUGCACGCACAGGAGUGUGAGAAGUAUGAGCGUGUGAGGACUUCACAGGGCUGAGAAGCAGCAGGGGGAAAUAGGCCUACAGGAGCCCUGCAGCUACCUGGUUUACAGCUGAGGCCUUGCCUACAGGAGGGAACUUGGCCAGAAUAGCUAGACCCAAGUAAGCUAUUCUGAAAUAGCUGCUCCUGUGAACACUUUAGGACACGUCUAUGCAACCAGGACAGCGUUCUCCCAUCAGCAUAACAACCCCAUCUCUGCGAGAGACAGAAGCUACAUCUCCCACCAACAGGGUGGGGUGGGGGGGGGAGGGGGAGGGGAGUGCUUAAGUUGACGUAACUCAUGUUGUUUUGGGGGAAGGUCUCUUUUUCACACCCCUGAGCCAUCUAAGUUACAUUGAGUUAAGCUUUAGUGUAGACCAGUCUCUCAAAUGUUUUCUUUUUAAAUCCCAGAAUUACUGUUUUGUGAGGGGAGUGAUUAUUCCCGAACAGAGCAUCCAGCUGGAGGGUUAUUCCAGGGAGUUGAGUUACUCCCCUAGACAAGGGGUGUCACUUAAGCAGCACCCUUCCCCCCCCUCAAAAAAAACACUGGGCACAAUUGAACAGAUAUGGAAGUGCUUAUGGAUAGACCUUAUUCUGCUUCCUGAGCAAGAAUUAGCCAUAUUAGCAUAAUCGAUUCCCAGCAGGGCUUUUACUAGGAUAACAAUCUUGGUACAAAACCCACACCCUUACCUGAAGUAGUUAUACUAGUGCAAAAAGCCUUUAGGGCAGGCCUCUGGCCUUGUGUGACGGUCAUAGCCCGGAGAUUGGCUUCUACUCUAAAAAUCACAAGCAGUAAGUCUCUCAGGUCUCAGUGCAUGACAUUUCCCCCCCGCCAGUCCCUUCCAGUCCAGUUUGGCUGCAAACGGUGCAAGCUGCCACACAAACUCCCAUUCUUCCUCAUGCAGUUUAACAGUUAGAGAGAAACUCUUGGGGGAAUGGGGAGCGGCUUGAAUUUAAAAAAAAAACAAAAAACAAAAACCCCACAGUUCUUAACCAUUACCACUUCCCCCCACAGCUGUAGUUCUAGUCAGAAGGGGAGACAGUGGCACUUCAAUGACAUACAGAAAAGAGGCUUUGAUACCAAGUCAAGAUGCAUUUUAUUUACAGGGGCAGCCACAAUUCACUAAUGGAAUACACAGAUUUUACAAAGUUGGAACUACCUGUACAGGAUGGAUUACAUAUGCAAAUAUAAAAAUUUCAAGACCACAGUACAGUACUUACCCCACCUUCCCCCAUGUGAUCACCACCUGUGUCAUUUCCCAGCCCCUGACAGUUGUGUUGAGGGGGACAAAUGGGAAGUCACAGGUGCAGGUUUUUAGAUCAUCAUUACCAAUUAAAACCCUCCUCACGACCAGUAUCAUGAUAGAAUGCAGGGUUUCAAGUGAAGCAGGCUUACCUUACAAAUAAACAAAAAAAUUUAAAAAAAAAA